AAACACAGAUGGAAAAUCGCGUUAAUACAGCUUAUUACAAAAUAUAUAUAUACCAAAGUUGGUAUGGGCAAAUAGAGAAUAAAAACUAUAUAUAGAUAGCAAAUUAUCUAGGUAACACGAGACAAUCCGCUCUUAUAAGGACCGUAGGCAACCGGGUUAUCCCAACAGCCUCCUUGUCACUUAUUGACCCUAAAAGUUACCUGAUUAGGAUGCCCUAGGGAUUUAAGCCCUGUUAGCGGAUUUAACCCGUAGAAGAUAUAUUCUUACAGGUAAGCCCUUGGAAUUUCAGCAGUUACCUGCCCGAGUUACCGCCCAGGUAACCUCUUGUACUAUAUAAAUGUCGACUACCGCUUGAAACCUCACACUUCUCACCAGUUAACUGAGCAAUCGACAUGUCCACGAGUUCUAUCUCCGAAUUCUAUCAAUCCUCAUUGAUUUUCUGGAGCCAUCUGAUCCACCUACUGCUGAAGUUCAUCCAGACCAAGUGCUGGAAUCACACCACACAAAUGAAGAAGGAGCAAACGGAACUCAAGGAACCCUGUGCCAUCGCAAGAACCAUGGACGCCUUUGUGGAGGAGCAGCAGAAGCGGGUGCAACGGAAGGCCCAGGAGUACGCCAAAGUGGAGCUACUGCAUCGCCUGCUCGUGCAGCAGCAACUGCAGGAACUGGAGCAGCGGCGACUCAUCCGAUUGGCUCUGGCCAGAAGGCGACUGGACUACUCCAAUUAGACAAUUAGACGUGCAAUUAGCUCAUAAUUUAUUUAGAUUUAUAAUUUACGCUUAGAUUGUGCCCAAGUAUUCCCAAUUUCCAAGUGGCCACAUAAUUAUGUAAGUGCCAGCGAGGCAAAUAAAAAUCUGCAGAGAGUGCGAAAAUUAAA